AUGGCGACAGAGUUUGACGAUGUACUGACGAAUCAGCCAGUCGUUAUCGACAAUGGGUCAGGCACGAUUAAGGCUGGGUUUGCUGGUCAAGAUACGCCCAAAUGCUUCUUCCCAAACUGUGUCGGACGACCGAAACACACACGCGCUAUGGCUGGUGCCGUCGAAGGCGAUCGGUUUAUUGGUCGCAAGGCACAAGAACUUCGUGGACUCUUGCGUAUGCGAUAUCCGAUGCAGCAUGGCAUUGUCGAAGACUGGGAGGAUAUGGAGAUGAUAUGGAAUCACGUAUACGCUGAUGAGCUUAAGACAUUGUCGGAAGAGCAUCCUGUGCUACUGACAGAAGCGCCACACAAUCCGCGCUCUAAUCGAGAGACAGCUGCGCAGAUUUUUUUCGAGACAUUCAAUGUGCCGGCAAUGUACGUCAGCAUGCAAGCCAUCCUAGGUCUGUACUCUUCGGGAAGAACCACAGGUGUGGUAUUAGACUCAGGUGAUGGUGUCACACAUGCUGUCCCUGUGUAUGAGGGUUUCGCUAUGCCACAUGCCAUUCGCCGGAUCGACGUGGCCGGCCGCGAUGUCACGGAACAUUUGCAAUACCUGCUUCGUCGAUCCGGAUACUACCUUCACACAUCUGCUGAGAAAGAGAUCGUACGUGCUAUAAAAGAGAAAUGCUGUCAGCUGGCUGUCCCGGGCCAAGAUGAUGUCCAUCAGCACCACCACCGGCAACCGCAACACGACCACCACCAGCAUGAACAUACAGACAGCGAGCGCCUGGUAGAAUUCACUUUGCCAGACGGUAAUAUUGUCAAAUUAGGCCACGAGCGCUACCGUGCACCGGAGACCCUCUUUCAUCCCGAGCUUAUUGGGCGGGAGGAUGUCGGCACUCAUCAAGUGCUGAUGGAUGCCAUAGGACGUGCGGAUUUGGACCUUCGGCGGCAUCUCUAUGGCAACAUUGUACUGAGUGGAGGAGCCACUUUGACACGUGGAUUCGGCGAGCGAUUGCUGACGGAAAUCAAGCAGCUUGCGCCCCCCGAUACGAAGAUCAAGAUCUCGGCACCACCUGAACGCAAGUAUUCCACGUGGAUUGGCGGCAGCAUAUUUGCUGGUCUAAGUACUUUCCGGAAGAUGUGGAUAUCGGCAGACGCAUAUCACGAGGAUCCUUGCAUAGUCCAUCGCACGUUUUAG